AUGUCAAAAGGCCCCUACCCCAUACAGCUGCUACUGGAGGGGGCCGUGGGAGCGACCCGCCCCCCGCCCCCGCCCCCUAACGCCACGAGGCCCGUGUUCCUGUGCGGCGGGGAACACGUGGGCGAGUCGGGGUACAUCGCCAGUGAGGGGUUCCCCAACCACUACCCUCCCGGCAAGACCUGCACCUGGACCAUCACGGUGCCCGAGGGCCAGGUGGUGAUUCUCUCCUUCCGCGUCUUCGACCUGGAGCCGGACCCCGGCUGCCGCUACGACUCGCUGGAGAUUUUCAACGGACACUUGGACACCGCCCAGCGGCUGGGCCGCUUCUGCGGCACCUUCCGGCCCGGGGCCCUGCUCUCCACCAGCAACCGCAUGAUGCUGCGCAUGGUGACGGACGAGGGCACCGGGGGCCGCGGCUUCCUGGUCUGGUUCAGCUCCGGCCUCCCCCACGUUAAUGGCCGGCCGCGCGGAAGGCAGAAGUGGGGCGCUAACCAUAUAGACUCCCGGUUGGCUUGGGAGCCCUGGCACUAUUGGGAUGAGCAUCAGUUCUGUGGGGGGAAGCUGGAGAAGCCCCAGGGAAGCCUCAAGACCCCGAACUGGCCUGAGAGUAACUACCCAGCCGGGAUCAGCUGUUCCUGGCACAUCAUAGCGCCCGUGGGCCAGGUGGUGGAACUGACCUUCGGGAAGUUCGACGUGGAGGACGACACCUACUGUCGCUACGACUACGUGGCCAUUUUCAACGGGGGGGCCACCGACGACUCCCGGCGCGUCGGCAAGUUCUGCGGCGACCGAGCCCCCGGCACCAUCUACUCGGAGGGGAACGAGCUCCUGGUUCAGUUCGUCUCGGAUCUCAGCGUCACGGCCGACGGCUUCGCCGCCUCCUACGCCGUGAAAAGCCCCUCAGAGGCGACCGACAAGGCCACGAAACCCGCCCCCGGGAUCUUCCCCGGCUCCAAACCGGGCCAGGCCGGCACCAAGCCCGCCGGGAAACCGAAACCGGAGCCUGAGCCCAAACCCACCGCCUGGGCCCCGCCCAAGGCCGAGCCACCCAGCGCCCAGACGCCGGCCACAGUCCAGUGUCCCCAGAAAUGCCGCCGGUCAGGAAGUCUCCAGAGCCACUUCUGUGCCAAUGACUUUGUUAUCACCGGCACCGUGAAAACUGCCGUGCGAGGGGCCGGCGACCGGGUCACAGCCACCGUCUCGCUCCUCAACACGUACAAAGCCGGAGCCCUCAGCCUGCCCCAGGCCAAGAAAGGGGCCACCCUGCGCCUGGAGGUCCCCUGCCGCCAGUGCCCCGCCCUGAAGAAAGGUUCCAAGCUGACAUUUUUCAUGGGCCGGGUGGACGCUGAGGGAGGUCGUUGA